AGCUGGAGCAGCAGCCGCAGCAGCAGCAUCCUCCUCCGUGAAAAUACCAGCUGUUUACACCGACUAGCGUACAGAACAGGCACGACCCUAACACAAAUAUAGGCGUUGCCAGCAUCUACGGACUAUCUUCCAAAUCAGAAAAAGGGAUUUAUAAAUAUAUAUUCUUUAAGAACCGGGGCUUGUCAUUUGAAGGCUAUUUGAGCAGGCUGGUAUUCGUAUUGAAUUGACUUGUAUUGCAUUCAGCCGGUGGGGAUGCAGAACGGGAGGAUUGCUGUUACUGUUAUGUUAUAACCUUAUUGUGGGAUCGCAUGUGAAUCCAUUGUUAUGAUUGACGUUUCCGAUUAAAGUUAAACGACGGGUUGCAAUUAUUUUAAUAAGCAACAACAAUGUCUAAAGUGAAAAAUUGCGAGACCGUGAAAGUGGUGGUGAGAUGUCGCCCUCUGAAUCGGAAAGAAGAAGCAGCAGGUCACGAACAGAUUGUGAAUAUGGAUGUGAAAUUAGGCCAGGUGACUGUUCGGAACCCCAAAGCUGCACCCGGAGAGCUGCUGAAAACGUUCACGUUUGAUGCUGUGUAUGAUGCCAGCUCAAAGCAAAGCGACCUGUAUGAUGAAACCGUUAGACCCCUUAUAGACUCCGUGUUGCAGGGGUUCAAUGGGACCAUAUUUGCUUAUGGACAAACCGGAACUGGCAAAACGUACACCAUGCAAGGUGCAUGGAUGGAUCCAGAAAAGAGAGGUAUUAUCCCAAAUUCCUUUGAGCACAUCUUCACCCAUAUAUCCAGAUCCCAAAACCAACAGUACCUGGUAAGGGCAUCAUAUCUAGAAAUAUACCAAGAGGAAAUCAGAGAUCUUUUAUGCAAAGACCAGUCCAGGAAACCAGAGCUCAAAGAAAACCCAGAUUCUGGAGUUUACAUCAAAGAUCUGUCUUCUUUUGUGACCAAGAACGUCAAGGAGAUAGAGCAUGUUAUGAACGUGGGCAACCAAGCCAGGUCCAUUGGGUUCACCAACAUGAAUGAGCACAGUUCUAGGUCCCAUGCCAUUUUUGUCAUCACGGUUGAGUGCAGUGAGACUGGCAUAGAUAGUGAGAACCACAUUAGGGUGGGCAAACUGAACCUGGUGGACUUGGCUGGCAGUGAGAGGCAGAGCAAAACUGGUGUUCGGGGAGAACGCCUCAAGGAAGCCACUAAGAUAAAUCUGUCCCUGUCCGCCUUAGGCAAUGUCAUAUCUGCUCUGGUGGACGGCAAAAGCACCCAUAUACCCUACAGGGACUCUAAACUGACCCGCCUGCUGCAAGACUCUCUUGGAGGCAAUGCCAAGACCAUCAUGGUGGCCACCCUGGGCCCUGCCUCCUACAAUUAUGAAGAGAGUUUGACCACCCUCAGGUAUGCCAACAGGGCCAAGAACAUCAAAAACAAGCCGCGUGUGAAUGAGGACCCCAAAGACGCCCUGCUGAGAGAGUUCCAGGAGGAAAUCGCCAGGCUGAAAACCCAGCUGGAGAAACGGGGGGUGCUGACCAAGAAGAGGAGACGGAACAGCCGGAGGAUUAAGAAGAUGCUGGAUGGGGAGGAGGUCACAGACAUUGAGGGGGAGGAUGAGACAGAUGAUAGUGUGGAGAAGGAUGUGGAGGACUACCUGAAGGAGCAGGAGGAGAAGCUGGAACUGGAGAAAGCAGCCAUCCUGGAUGACCGCAGCCUGGUGGCUGAUGAGAAGGAGAAACUGCUGGAUGAGAAGGAGAGAAUGAUGGAUGACCUGAGGAGAGAACAGGAGGCCACAGAGAUGCUCACUUCAAAAUUUAAGACUAUGGAAAGCAAGCUUCUGGUGGGAGGGAAGAACAUCAUGGAUCACACCAACGAACAACAGAAGAUGUUAGAACUGAAGAGACAAGAGAUUGCUGAGCAGAAGCGGCGUGAGCGGGAGAUCCAGCAGCAGGUGCUGGCGCAGGACGAGGAGACAGUGGAGCUCAGAGAGACCUACUCCUCUCUGCAGCAGGAGGUCGAGAUCAAAACCAAAAAACUGAAAAAGCUGUACUCCAAGCUGCAGUCGGUGAAGGCUGAGAUUCAGGACCUCCACGAUGAGCAUGUGCGAGCCAGGCAGGACCUAGAGCACAGCCAGACAGAGCUGACUCGAGAGCUCAAAUUCAAGUACCUGAUCAUUGAAAAUUUCAUUCCUCCGGAGGAGAAGAACAAGAUCAUGAACAGGCUGGUCUUCGAUGGAGAGGAGGAACAGUGGAAGUUCCAGCCCUUGGUACCUGCUGGAAACAAGAACAGUCAAAUGAAGAAGAGGCCUGCCUCUGCAGUGGGCUACAAGAGACCAAUCAGCCAAUUUGCACGGGUUGCCAUAGCGAUGGGAGCUCAUCCUAGAUAUCGGGCUGAGAACAUCAUGUUCCUGGAGUUGGAUAUGACUCCUCCCACUUUAUUUGAACUGGAGUUCCCCCGAGCUCAACCAGAACACGACCUGGCCCUUCGCUUUGGCAGGGAUCUGAUGCUGGAUAACUCUGCAUACAGAGAGCACGCAGCCGCCUCCAGGGUCAAGAAAUCAAGGUCAUGGUGCCGACCACCAAGAUUAGUUUCUUCCUCAUCUUCAAGCUUCUCACUGGCUUCUGGAUCCCAGUACUUCCCCCGUUCACAAGGGCCCUCAGCAUCCUCACAUCCAUUAGAGGCACCCUGGCGUCCAAAGUGAAGCUCCCAAUUGCGCUAGGCCACUUUCAGCCCAGGGGCCGCCAGCUUCCUUUUGAAUCAGCAUCUGCAUAAGUUAUUUUUUUUUAUACUUUUGUUUCCAGAAGAGCAAAGUUUAGAAGCACUGGACUACUACCAUAAGCAAGAAAAGUUUUUUUGAGGAGGGUUUCUUGACAUGAGCCAGAGGCCUUUAAUGCUCCACUGUACUGCACAACAGAUCCUUAACUUUACGAUUAGCAUGUGGUAGUGCUUUGAUGGCAUACAAAAGGAUGGCUUCCACAGUGUACAGAAGUGAAUGGAUGUGUCAUACAUUGCGCAUUCUAUAAGGGUACUAAGAUUUUUCUUUUUUCUUUUUUUUAGCUUUCAUUGCAAAAUCAUUGGCUGCAUAGUUUACCCUGUUUUAACAAUGCAAGCAUGUCAACAAGGGCUGCUGUUGAUAGUAGGAUAAUCUCUAUGAUUGUUCGUUUUUCUUGUGAAAAGCACCACUGACCUGAAAUGCCUUGAAAGCUUAUCAACAUUUUUUUUUUUUUUACAUGGGCAUUACUACUGUAUUUUCAAAUUAAAUUCAUUUUGUCAGCUCAAAGAUGUUUAUUUGAUACCAGACAAGUUUUUUUUUAAUGCAGAUAGAUAGAUAGAUAGAUAGAUAGAUAGAUAGAUAGAUAGAUAGAUAGAUAGAUAGAUAGAUAGUCACUACACCUUCAAUGCUAUUAGCAAAGCUUGUCUCAGCGUAUUGGUUUUGAAUGAAUCACACUUCAUGGACAAGAUGUAUUUAAUUGUGAAAGCAACAUGUUUACAUCAGCUUUGUAUAAGGAACUGAUUCAGGCAUUGUAUCUGAUUCCUUCUUGAUGGCUACUUGCACAAAGCUGUUACUAUUACUUUGAAACACCAAAAAAAAUCCUUUCAAAAUUAAAAAAUGUGUUUUUUGUGAAUAUGAGACAAACAUUGUGAAUAGCAUAAUGUCUGGGGUCAAAUUUACUGAAUGAAUACAAUUCCUCUAGUGCAGGAACCACUGAAUUUAGCAAGCCAUUAUACAUAAAUUGGCCAAAGCUCAUUUGAAGUAAAGCCUAUUUGAUCAAAGGGAUGAACCAUAAGCUUUAAAAGAUAAGCCUGUAGCCUGCCUAUAUAUAUAUAUAUAUAUAUAUAUAUAUAUAUAUAUAUAUAUAUAUAUAUAUAUAUAUAUAUAUAUAUACAUAUAUAUAUCAUUUUAUUUGUUAACACUUUAUAAUGAGUUGUCAUAGAAUUGCCUUCUUCCAACUUGUAUUCAUAUCCAUAUACAACAGCAAAUUAUUAUUAUCAAUAUCGUUUUGGUUUCCACGUUGAACAAAUAAUACACCUUCAAAAGCUUCUUGUGACUCUUUUCGAAAACUUGAGUCCCUUUUUUAUUAAAAUUGCACAAGACAGCAAAGUGUAAAUGUUAUCACCUUUGUGAAUGCAGAUUCGUUUAAAAAUGAGAGCUAGUCU